AAAAAAACAAAGAAGAAGAAGAAGGAAAGAGGGGUCAUAAUCGUUUCAUGGUUGCCUCUUCUUCUUCUUGUUCUCACUCCCCACCAUAUCUGCUCUCCCCUAUCUCAGCUUCAACCUCUUUAAAAAAACCUUAAAAGCUCCCAUUUUUACUCCAUUUUCGUUUCCUUUCGUCCUCUCACUCCACGUUUCGCUUAAUGCUCAGAUUAAUGAUCUGAACCGCAUCUGAAGAAUCUCUCGCUCGAUUUCGCGGUCUUAGGGUUUCUAUAAAAACUUUGAUUCGUCCGUUUUGUUUAUAGUUAGCGUUUUGUUUUCUAGGGUUAACGAGUUAGUCUUAAAGAUUCGAUUUUGCAACUCUGUUUUUGUGUUUGGUUUAUCCCCCCAUUGAAUGGUGCAAUGGUGUCAGCGAAUGACCCUAUCGAAACUAUAUUCAAUUCAAUCCAAGUCGUUAAAGACGCUCUUCUCCCCAUCGAGCUAGGCGUCAAGAAGGCCGCGAAGGACAUCGAGAGCUGCUGGAUUAGCAAAGAGAAGGACUUUCGUUUGAGAAGAAACAGGAGGAAGCGUGUGUUUGCUAGUCCUGACACGGAGGAGGAAAGUGUUGACAGUGUUCAGUGUUUGGUGAGUGGAGAGAGGAAGAAAGGUUUGUCCUUUAAGCUCCCUGUGAAGUCACUCUUCGUGAAGAAGAAAGACAAGUCGUUGGAGAAAGAUGACGGUUCUUGUACGAAUUGCUUCAAGUUUGCUAUGACUUGGUCUUUGUUGGUUAGUGGCUUUGUCCAUGCUUUUCCGGUUCCUUUUAAGAUAGGAGGCAAGAAGAGGAUUAUUCAUGAUGAGAAUUGUCUUAAGCAGAAUCUUAAACCAAAGGCUUCAUUUGUUAACCGGAAAGAGAUUGGGAGGAACCAGAAAGAGAACCCUUUUUCGAUUGAAUGCGCUAUGGGGUUUGUUAUUGAAAUGCUAGCUCAGAAUCUCCAGAAGCUGGACCAGUUCAUUCAAGAUAGUUCACAGACUGAGUCUUGUUGUUCGAAGGAAACUAGUCGACUUAUCUUUAAUAUAUGGGAUGUUAGGAAACUUGAUGUUAAUGGAUUUUUAGGGAACCUGAUGUUUGCCAGAGUUGGAGAUGUGGCGUCGGGUAUAGUUGGGUUGACAUCUUCCGUAAGUGAAGAUGGUGAUGAGAGUAACGUUGGUAAGGAGGAGAGUGUAGUUGAUUCUCCACAGAGCCUGGCUAGUGGACUACUGAGUAUACCUUUGUCAAAUGUAGAGCGCUUGAAAUCCACUUUGUCCACGAUUUCAUUGACUGAGCUUAUUGAGCUUUUACCGCAACUAGGACGACCGUCAGGAGACCAUCCGGACAAGAAAAAACUAAUCUCUGUUCAGGACUUUUUCAGAUACACCGAGUCUGAAGGCAGGAGAUUUUUCGAAGAAUUAGAUAGAGAUGGUGAUGGUAAAGUAACUUUGGAAGAUCUGGAAAUUGCAAUGAGGAGAAGAAAAUUGCCUAGAAGAUACGCCAAGGAGUUUAUGAGACGAGCGAGGAGUCAUCUUUUCUCGAAAUCAUUUGGUUGGAAGCAAUUUUUGUCAUUGAUGGAACAGAAGGAGCCAACCAUUCUACGUGCCUAUACUUCUCUGUGUUUGACCAAGUCUGGUACUCUUCAGAAGAGUGAGAUAUUGGCAUCACUAGAUAACGCAGGACUUCCUGCUAAUGAAGAAAACGCUAUAGCCAUGAUGAGGUUUUUGAAGGUUGAUACUGAAGAGUCUAUCUCUUAUGGUCAUUUCCGUAACUUCAUGGUUUUGCUACCAUAUGAGCGAUUACAGGAUGAUCCUCGUAACAUCUGGUUUGAAGCUGCAACUGUUGUUGCUGUUGCACCUCCCGUGGCCUUACCUGCUGGAGAUGUUCUAAAAUCUGCAUUAGCGGGAGGACUUGCCUCUGCUCUCUCUACUUCCCUAUUGCAUCCGAUUGAUACAAUCAAGACUCGUGUGCAAGCAUCAACCUUAUCGUUUCCUGAAGUAAUAGCAAAGCUUCCAGAGAUUGGUGUCCGGGGAGUUUAUAAGGGUUCCAUUCCGGCAAUUCUUGGACAAUUUUCAAGCCAUGGCCUGCGAACAGGAAUCUUCGAAGCAAGUAAACUUGUGUUGAUCAAUUUUGCUCCCAAUCUCCCAGAAAUUCAGGUUCAAUCGAUUGCAUCAUUCUGCAGCACACUAUUAGGCACGGCUGUACGGAUUCCAUGUGAAGUGCUGAAGCAACGGUUACAGGCUGGCAUGUUCAACAAUGUAGGGGAAGCCAUUGUAGGUACGUGGAAGCAAGACGGUCCAGGAGGGUUUUUCCGUGGGACAGGCGCAACUCUCUGCCGUGAAGUUCCACUAUACGUUGUUGGCAUGGGACUGUAUGCAGAAUCCAAAAAGAUGGUGGCACAAGCCCUGGGAAGAGAACUAGAGGCAUGGGAGACGAUAGCUGUUGGGGCGUUGUCAGGAGGUAUAGCAGCAGUUGUAACAACGCCGUUUGAUGUGAUGAAGACAAGAAUGAUGACUGCAACACCUGGAAGACCAAUCUCAAUGUCAAUGGUUGCAAUCUCGGUUCUGCGCAACGAGGGACCGCUUGGUUUGUUCAAAGGAGCAGUCCCGAGGUUCUUCUGGGUGGCUCCUCUUGGUGCCAUGAACUUUGCUGGUUAUGAACUUGCGAAGAAAGCUAUGCAGAAGAAUGAAGAAGCUUUGGUGGCUGAUCAGCUUGGUCAGAAGAAGCUUUGCUAAUGGUCUUUUUUUGUUUUUUUUACUUUGCUUCGCUGCUACGAUGUUUUUUUUUGGGGGCAGCUUGAGCUGGAGGGAGACUACUCUUUGUUAAAUGCUACUUUGCAAAUUUUGACCCCAAAAAAAGAGUUGAUUGUUUAGUUCGAAGACAUUUUUCAUCUUAUUCAUUACGUUAGAAAACUUUCG